CCCUCGCGUCACCAAAGUAAACUAAGACAUCACUGCGCCCGCAGCUCUUCAAGCUCCGGGGAGUUGUCUCCUUGAUGUCUGUAUCCAAAGAAUCGGUAGGUUACUGGGCAAAUAUGGCUGUAGAAGGCGACGUACCUCUCGUUCUCGACGCGUUCUCUCCCGAGAGGGGAGUAUCACUACAUCCCUCCAAAGUCGGUGAUUUCCUCGCAUGUGAACAAAAGAGACGCUCUCCUUGGUCAUCAUACCCGCGCAUCGUCUCGUCAGCUUGCCUUCUCUUCGUAUUGCUGUACGUUACCUUCCAUGACGCGCAUCUCGGUCGCCUCGUGCGACGGGGGGAGUCCGAUCAGCUAGUGGUGUUGCCCGCACUUGCGGAGGGGGUUUUGGAGGUCUUUCAGGUCAACGCGCCUGUUGCUGUUGACGCCGAUAAAUGCAGAGUGCUGCUCAUGGAGCAUUCGUUUGGGUUUAGCUACGGCAAGCCGUUCGUGGGGAAUUAUAACCCGCCAUCGUGCAAGUUCAACCGCGUGGUUAUGAACUUCACCGUUACAUCUCGAGGGCGACAGUUUGACAGGCUGGCGCUGAUGUAUCUCGGCGACACCGAGGUGUGGCGGACGUCCACUGCUGAGCCGACAGAAGCUGGGAUCCGAUGGACAUAUAUCAAGGACAUGACGCCCUACCUGUCCAUGUGGAAGCAGCCCCAAAAAGUGAUCUUCGAUCUUGGGAACCUAAUCGAUGACAAGUACACUGGCGCUUUCAACACGACACUGACGCUCACCUUCUCAACCAUCUCCGCCGCAGCACCACCAGCCGGCCUUAUCCUCCCCCUCUCCGCCCGUCGCUCCGCCUCCAACUCCCCUAGCGUUUUUACUCUCCCUGGGCAACGCGCCGUAACCACGCUUGUUCUUCCACGCAACGCUAACCGCGCCACCGUCUCUCUCUCCGCCUGCGGCCAAGCAGCUGAGGAGUUCUGGUGGAGCAACGUACCCUCCGCCGCGACAUCGACAUUUACCAACACGACCGGCGAGCUGCCAGGGUUCUCGCCCUGGCGCGAAGUCCAGAUUCUAAUCGAUGGGCGGCUGGCGGGCGUGCAGUGGCCGUUCCCCGUGAUUUUUACAGGGGGCGUGGUGCCAGGGCUCUGGCGGCCGAUCGUGGGUAUUGAGGCCUUUGAUCUGCGCGAGUAUGAGGUCGAUAUCUCGCCAUGGUUGGGGCUGCUGAGUGAUGGCGCGCCGCACGAUUUUGAAAUCAAAGUUGUGGGACUCUCUGGGAAGGCUAUUGUGCAGGAGGUGGGUAGUAGUUGGCUUGUGACGGGAAAGGUGUUUUUGUGGCUUGAUGGGACGGGGAAGGUCACGACGGGGUCGCCUAUCACUAUUGCAAAGGAUGGGUUGGGGAUGGGUUCGAAGUUGGGUACAUCGCAGGAUUCGGCGGGGGCAAAUGUCACGCUCUCCACCCAGCUGUCGGUGCACCGCGAGCUUGAUAUCCGAUCAACUAUCACCACCGCGGCGGGGGCUCGCGUCGCCUCAUGGUCUCAGCAGCUUACUUAUAGUAACGUCAAUGACCUCUCCGCCUACGGUGUCGCGCAAUUCACGAACCUCUCUCGCACUGCUAUAGACUCCCUCAUCCCGGACCAGUACAACCAUGGCCCGAGCGCGAAGUACUCACUCGUGGUAGAUAGCGAGUACCGCGUUGACCCCGAGCAUGUGGGUGACCUCACCAUCAACGCCACAUCUGUUUGUGAGGUCGAGUACCGCAAGGGCAGAGGUAGCGUGUUCGAUUCUAGUGCUGAGACUGGGGCAAGCGGGCGCGUAAGGACGACGCAGGAGGGGAAAGCAACGUAUGUUUCGAAGAGUGGGGCCAGUUCGGGGACUGGGGAGACGAAGCAGGUGUUUGUGCUGGAGGCUUUGGGGAAAGGAGAACCAGUGGAGGUUUAUAAGAGGGAUGUCGGUGCGGUUGGGGGGGUGGUUGUUUGGGAUCGGGGAAGUAAUGGAAGUGGUGGGCAGGGGCUAGAACAGACUGGGAUCCCCGUGGCAGUGAGGCUGGAGGAGAGCGUGGGCAGUGUCAGGGAGGCUCUUGGACGAGGUCCAGGGAGUACGAGGAAGGUGCUGGUGAUGGGUGGGAAGUAAAUGGCCAUGGUUAAAGUUGAGAAGGUUUUAAUAGGUUUUGAUCUUUGGAAUUAGAGUAACCUUAGCUCUUUUUCCAAAUAAAUAUGAAACUACAUCUUCAAUUAGG